AUGCCAAAGCUUUGGAGUUGUAUUGCACCGAAAAAUGAUGACGAGAAAAAACGUGAACAAAUCAAUAAGCAGAUCAAUGCCAAAUUAAAGCAAGAUGAGAAAAUUUAUAAAGCUACUUAUCGAUUACUUCUCUUGGGCGCUGGUGAAUCCGGAAAAUCUACUGUUGUUAAACAAAUGAAGAUUUUGCAUAAUCCUUUCACUCCAGAAGAAAAAAGCGAUAAAAUUCCUGAUAUUAAACGUAAUAUUCGUGAUUCACUAACCAGUAUUAUACGCGCGAUGGAUAAAAUAACUCCGCCCGUUACUCUUGAUCAUCCAGAAAAUCAAUGGCGUGCAACGUAUAUCCUCACAACUGCACAUCAACUAGACUUUGAGUAUCCACCCGAAUUUUAUGAACAUGCCGCGAUACUUUGGAGUGAUGCAGGCAUUCAAGCCUGCUUUGAGCGAUCGAAUGAAUAUCAACUUAUCGAUUGUGCUAAAUACUUUCUUGAUCGUGUUCAUGAAGUUAAACAACCAAAUUACUCUCCCAGUGAUCAAGACAUUCUUCGCUGCCGUGUGCUCACGUCGGGCAUUUACGAAACUAUCUUUACCGUUGAACGCGUGCGCUUCCAUAUGUUCGAUGUGGGCGGACAACGUGAAGAACGACGAAAAUGGAUACAAUGUUUCAAUGAUGUCACCGCAAUUAUUUUUGUCACUGCGUGUGAUAGUUUUAAUAUGAUGCUUGUCGAAGAUGAAGGAGAAAAUCGACUCAGAGAAUCACUUGAUUUGUUCAAAAACAUUUGGAAUAAUCGAUGGCUACGGACCAUAUCAGUUAUAUUAUUUCUCAAUAAGCAAGAUCUAUUAGCUGAAAAAAUCAAAAGUGGUCGACGACUAGAAGAUUAUUUUCCUGAAUUUGCUCGAUACGUUGUUUCUCAAGGCGAACAAGAACUUUCUGUACAAAAAUACAAUAAAGCCGAGCCGGAUGAAGAUUCCGAAGUAACACGAGCGAAAUAUUUUAUCCGCGAUGAAUUUUUACGAGUCAGCACAGCUACCGGUGAAAAUCGUCAUUAUUGUUACCCGCAUUUUACUUGUGCGGUCGAUACUGAAAAUAUUCGUCGAGUAUUCAAUGAUUGUCGCGACAUUAUUCAACGUAUGCACUUGAGACAGUACGAAUUACUGUGA